GUUAAGCAGGCAGGCUACAAACUGAGAAAUGAGAAAGGCCUGAGUUUGGUAAGCCUGUUGGUGCAGUUUCCGCCCCACCUCCUCGUCCCCAUCCCUUCCUCCCAUAGGACUUUCAACGUCACGACUACUGUUUAGGUAUUGGAAUCUUUUCUCGCGACAUUUCCCUCUCCUUUUAAAAACAAAGAGACACGGUCGAUGACAUCUCGCGAGGUUCCCCUCAGCGGGAGCCCACCCCUUCAGUGAUGCCGACUGCAGUGUGUAUAAUAUCAGGGAGGGAAGCUCUGGGAGUCUAGGAGGAGCUGCGGCAAGGUCGACAAUAGCAUCCUGCCCUGGAAAACAGAAAGCCCAGUGGCUCCGAGCGAGCGAGCGAAAGUAAGUAAGUAAACCGGGAGAAUUUGGAUUUACUGCCACGGAAAAAGAAGGAGGAGAGUGACUGAAAGUUUCCAGCCUCAUGUUCCGGGGCAGCUAACGAGCUAUCCUUCACUACUACGUUUACGUUACCGCUCUCGGCACGGCUGCCUUGCGUUUCUACUGACUAGAUCAGAGGUGUGUGUUUGUCACGGAGCUUCCAUACUUCCUCCAGUUAGUUUUGCGGUCCAUAACGUGGCCAUUUCCCCCACCCGGCUUUGACGUUCAUUGGUGUUUUUUGUGACAUGUCAGCGCCAUCCUCCGCGCCUUCCGCCCCGGCGGAGAGCGCCGCGACGGAAAACGAUUGUCUGUCCCCGGAUGCAGGGCUGAGGCCGCCCGGUCCGACGCCCAGCCAGAGCCGAUUCCAGGUGGACCUUGUGGCUGAGGCAGCGGGCGCCCCCGAAGACAAGUCCCCGAACUCCGACACCUCCACUACUGUUCUAUCCAGCGAUAAGGCCUCUUCCGCCGCUCCUCCAGAUGGUCCGGGUGCUGAUCCAGGGGUCGUCGGAGAGGAAGCCAAAGGCCGGUUUCGGGUGGUGAACUUUGCGGAUCCGAGCGGAGCGGGGAGCCCGGCCUCUCCGGAGGCAGCGCCUGCCGAGGGGCUGCAGAAUGGGGACACUGUGAUGAGCGAGACCAGUUUGCAUUCAUCUACAGGGGGCCAGCAUCACUAUCAUUAUGACACCCACACCAAUACUUAUUACCUGAGGACUUUUGGCCAUAACACCAUCGAUGCUGUGCCCAACAUCGAUUUCUACCGGCAGACAGCUGCCCCGCUGGGGGAGAAGCUCAUCAGACCCACCCUGUCGGAGCUGCAUGACGAGCUGGACAAGGAGCCGUUUGAGGAUGGAUUUGCCAACGGAGACGAGCUGACCCCGGCUGAGGAGGCUGCUGCCAAAGAAGCAGCCGAUUCCAAAGGAGUGGUCAAAUUCGGCUGGAUUAAGGGGGUGCUGGUCCGCUGCAUGUUGAACAUAUGGGGUGUGAUGCUCUUCAUCCGCAUGUCAUGGAUUGUGGGGCAGGCUGGAAUAGCGCUCUCCUGUUUGAUUGUUCUGAUGGCUACCAUAGUGACAACCAUCACCGGCCUCUCCACCUCUGCCAUCGCCACCAAUGGAUUUGUACGAGGAGGUGGAGCAUAUUACUUGAUUUCGAGGAGUCUGGGCCCAGAGUUUGGAGGCUCUAUUGGUCUGAUUUUUGCCUUCGCCAAUGCAGUGGCUGUAGCCAUGUAUGUGGUGGGCUUUGCUGAGACUGUUGCUGAACUUCUUGCCGGUGCAGAUGCCGUCAUGACAGAUGAAAUGAACGAUAUCCGAAUCAUCGGCACCAUCACAGUAAUCCUUCUCCUGGGCAUCUCUGUGGCAGGAAUGGAAUGGGAGGCCAAGGCCCAGAUUUUCUUGCUUGUUGUCCUUGUCACAGCUAUCAUCAACUACUUCAUUGGAACCUUCAUUCCUGUCAAGUCCAAGGAACCUGAGGGCUUCUUUGGCUAUGAUGGAUCCAUCAUGUGGGAAAACAUGGGUCCAGACUUCCGAGACAGUGAGACGUUCUUCUCCGUCUUCGCCAUCUUCUUCCCUGCAGCCACUGGUAUUCUGGCUGGAGCCAACAUUUCAGGAGACCUUGCUGACCCACAGCUGGCCAUUCCCAGAGGAACCCUUUUGGCCAUAUUGAUCACAGGAAUAGUCUACCUAGGUGUUGCUGUUUCAACAGGUUCCUGUAUUGUGAGAGACGCCAGUGGAAAUGUGAAUGACACUCUCAGUUCUCAGUUCAUGAUGAACUGCACUGAUGCUGCCUGCAAAUUUGGCUAUGACUUCUCUAACUGUAAGAGUGAAAAAGUGUGCAGCUAUGGACUCCACAAUAACUUCCAGGUGAUGAGCCAGGUUUCUGGUUUUGGGCCAAUCAUCACUGCAGGAAUAUUUUCUGCCACUCUGUCCUCAGCUCUGGCCUCUUUAGUCAGUGCACCUAAAGUUUUUCAGGCUUUAUGUAAGGAUAACAUCUACCCCGGCCUGAGCAUGUUUGCCAAAGGCUAUGGCAAGAACAACGAGCCCCUCCGAGGCUACAUCCUGACCUUCGGUAUUGCUCUGGCCUUCAUCCUCAUCGCCGAGUUGAACGUAAUUGCCCCCAUCAUCUCCAACUUUUUCUUGGCUUCCUAUGCCUUGAUCAACUUUUCUGUGUUCCACGCCUCACUGGCUAACUCACCAGGGUGGCGUCCCAGCUUCAAAUACUACAACAUGUGGGUUUCUCUUGCCGGAGCGAUACUGUGCUGUGUGGUGAUGUUUGUCAUCAACUGGUGGGCUGCUCUCCUGACAAACGUCAUUGUUCUGGGUCUUUUUAUCUACGUCAGCUAUAAGAAGCCAGAUGUGAACUGGGGCUCAUCGACCCAGGCUUUGACCUACCACCAGGCCCUGACCCACACUCUGCACCUCAGCGGAGUGGAGGACCAUAUCAAGAACUUCAGACCUCAGUGUUUGGUGAUGACGGGUUACCCCAACUCUCGCCCAGCUCUCCUAGACCUGGUCCACAGCUUCACCAAGAACGUAGGCCUAAUGAUCUGCGGUCAUGUUCGCACGGGCUGCAGAAGGCCAAACUUCAAAGAUCUGGCCACAGACCAGGCCCGGUACCAGCGCUGGCUGCUGAAGAACGAGACCAAGGCCUUCUAUACACCAGUGUUUGCUGAGGACAUAAGGCAGGGCACACAGUACCUGCUCCAGGCUGCUGGUUUGGGUCGUCUCAAGCCAAACACCCUGGUGCUCGGCUUCAAGAACGACUGGAGGGAUGGCGACAUGAUGAACGUGGAGACUUACAUCAGUAUGAUCCACGAUGCAUUUGACUUCCAGUUUGGUGCUGUUAUUCUGCGACUGAAAGAGGGGCUGGACGUGUCCCAUAUCCAAGGACAAGAUGACUUGCUGUCCUCCCAGGAGAAGUCCUCAGGGAUGAAAGAUGUGAUCGUGUCCAUAGACACGAGCAAAGACUCUGAUGCCGAUUCAUCCAAGCCAUCCUCCAAGGCCACCAGCCUCCAGAACAGUCCGGCUAUACAGAAAGAUGACGAUGAUGAUGGCAAAGCUCCAACUCAGCCCCUGUUGAAAAAAGACAAGAAGAGCCCGACUGUACCACUGAAUGUGUCUGACCAGAGGCUGCUAGAGGCCAGCCAGCAGUUCCAGAAGAAACAAGGGAAGGGCACAGUGGAUGUCUGGUGGCUGUUUGAUGAUGGAGGUCUGACCCUGCUGAUCCCCUACCUACUGACCAACAAGAAGAGGUGGAAGGACUGCAAGAUCCGUGUUUUCAUUGGAGGAAAGAUCAACAGGAUUGAUCAUGACCGCCGAGCGAUGGCCACUCUGCUCAGCAAGUUCAGAAUAGACUUCUCGGACAUCACCGUGCUGGGAGACAUAAACACCAAGCCCAAGAAGGAGCACGUGUCUGCUUUUGAGGAGCUGAUCGAGCCGUAUCGGCUGAAGGAAGACGACAUGGAGCAGGAGGCUGCGGAGAGGCUGAAGAACAGCGAGCCCUGGAGGAUCACAGACAAUGAGCUGGAGCUGUACCGCGCCAAGACUAAUCGUCAGAUCAGACUCAACGAGUUGCUGAAGGAGCACUCGAGCACAGCCAACCUCAUCGUCAUGAGUCUGCCGCUGGCCAGGAAGGGCGCGGUGUCCAGUGCUCUGUACAUGGCCUGGCUGGAGGCAUUGUCCAAGGACCUGCCGCCCAUCCUUCUGGUGCGCGGCAACCACCAGAGUGUCCUCACCUUCUACUCUUAAAUACACACAUGGAGUUUUUAAGUCUCACAUCCACUUCUGCCUCUGAGAGCAGGCGCACUUACACAAACCAGUUCUAGUCCAAACCUACAGGUGCACCACAUACACGGGAAGCCGGUCUGAAAUUCAGCCACUGAUAGAAACAAUGCUAGUGAUGUGAAUAAAGAUAAAGCAAGUGAUAUUGGUUGAGAUGUGUAAAAUCCUCAAAGUGAUGGAGGAACGUCAAGGUGGAGGUGGUUGUAAGGUUGUCCACUCUGCUCCGUUAUUUCUAUUUAGUCCAAGAUGUCUAGCUUUUUCUCUUGUAGCUCUAGUUUCCUCUAAAUUCCUCAUGAUGAGUUCAUUUAUGUCAAAGUUGAUUUCUCUCAGGCUCCAAAGCAGUUGUGCACAAUGUUCACGUUGUUCUCAUGAUAUGGAAUAUCUUGAUGUCAAAGUUGUGAAGUGAAUUGGAGCAGUUGUGUUUGUGAUGCAGCAAUAAUCACCCUGUUGUUUUCCUUAAAUAUUGGGAGAGAACCAUGCAGAACGCUUUGCAACACCUUCUGAAGCCUUAUGGAUGUGCCUUCCAGUUAAAUCAGAUGAAAAACUAUAAUCUCUAUCCAGAUUGACAAUAUUACCUAUUAUAUUGGUGGCUAAUAGUUAGUUUUACUAGGUUUUAAAUAUGAUUCCUUCUUAGUUGGAGCAUUGUAUUUAUGCGAGUGGAUUGCAUUAAUCUAAUGAAGUGUGUCCACUUGAGCUCUCUCUCUCUCUCUCACUCUCUCUCUCUCUCACUCUCUCUCUCUCUCACUCUCUCACUCUCUCAUUCUCUCUCUCACUCAAAUCAACUGUUUGUUUUGAGUUUUUAUUCACUUUUGAGUCUUCCUUAUUAAAGCUGUUGAAUAUUUACGAUAGCCUCAGCUAUUCGACACAAGACACAAUUUAUCUUUUAGGCUCAGUUCCUAAAAAUGUUACUAUGGGUCUUAAAUUUAAGAUCUUGUUUGUUAGAAAAGAUGUGAACCUAGUUUUUCCAUGAAAAGUCUCCCUCAUGUAGCUGCUGAUCGACAAAAGUUUUGUGUUUCUCUGUCCACAUGUACGGUUCUUCGCCUGUAAAAAAAACUGCUCUACCCAACAAUCUAGAUAAAACCUUGCCUUAAUGCUAGAACUAAUGAUUGUCACGAGUUCCAUUUCUCUUAUAAGCCAUACUGGCUGGACGGUUUAUGGGUAAAUGCAGAUAGCAUAUAGAUAGGGAUUGUGUUUCAGCACAGUUGUCUUCUGUACUGUACAUGCAUCUUAAUUUGCUUCCCGUAGUUACCUGUGUUUGUCUGUUACAUUGCUUGCUGUAGGCCCGUGUAUUACUGGUGAAGUGGUCAUUCAAUAGAUACAACAUAUUCCACUUUGCGCCACAGUACACAGUGUUUUAUGCUUAUGCACGCAUGUCUAGCUGCUUGUUUGUCUGGGUUUAUGAUGAACUGCUGGUCUCCCAUUCCCACAAAACGGUCAGAGGGAAUGAAUGACAUGCAAGCUUCACACUGGAAGACUUGCUGGCAGGAGGAAUGUGACAUUAGAUUGUAUCAUGGCUGAGUGAAGAUAUACCUCUAUGCAUAUGAGCUUGUGUUGCGUACUUGUAAUAAAAGUCCAUCGCUUCUUCAUGUGAACAGAUCUGCUCGCCUCAGUUCAUUUAAGGGGCACUUCUCUUUCCUUAACACUAAUUCUUUCCUUUAAGAACACUGGCUUAUAGUCUUUUUAAGGGUACCAUGGCUCCAAGAAAAGAAGUUUUAAAUACUGAUGUUCAAUCGGUCAAAUGUCAUAGAAAAUGUUGACUUGGCCAGAGGGUGUAGAUUAUUUUCAGAUAAUGAAACCGCUCUGAUCAACAGUCCUAAAUGAAAGCUGGUUUCUUAAUCACAGCUGCUACCUUUCUGGAGUUCUGAAGUUACAUUUAUUCUAAAGGUGUGUUCAGACUGAAUGCAAAGUUACAUUUAGAAACUUGCCAUUACACUUCCUUUUUUCACACUUCUCCUGUCUGUGAACUUUUCCUGUACAUAUUACAAUUAGCAUAUUGCAGUGGACUGUGUGUCAUCUUCAUGAUGCUGGUAGCAUUCAUGCAGCUGCAUCCCAUCACCCAUCACUCUGUGCUUCACCUGUAGAAUGUGGAGGCCAAGACUUUGAUAUACAUAUAUGUAUUUGUGUGAUGCGGGGAGAGGUGGUUAUGAGUGUAUAAAUGCAUUCGGUACAUACACAUGAACUAUAUUCACACGAAUGCUCAUCAGUGUAGUACAUACUGUAUGAACUUUCCAAGUAUGUGAAAAGCAUGUACUGGUUAAGGAACUGUAAACCCUUUUUAAAACUUUGAAGGCACAGUCAAAGGCAAUUCCUGGUAAGUUAUAGCACACAAUAGAGCCCCCAAAAUGCCAAAACAUCUUCCCAGCGCACUGUUAGUGUUAGUAGAGGUCUUUUGGUCUGGUCUGACCUGUGGAAAACCUUCCCAAACAUAUAUUUUCAAAAUAAGAGUCCCUGUCCAAACUAGACCGGAAGAUAUUUAAAGCCAAUCAAAAAUGUGGUUGACACAAACAAAUUCUGAGCUGACUGCGUCCCCUCAGAUCCAUUUAGUUGUUAGACAUCUUGACAAAUAGUCAAAGACCCUGCUUGAUCCAAUAGACUGAAUUUAGCUUUGAAAUCAGUUUUGAGUAACCAAGAGGACCCUUAAAUGUGUGUACUGUGUAAACAUGACCAAACUGAGUGACCAAGGCUAUGGAUAUAUCUAUUUUAUCAGCCAUUUAAAAAAAUAGUUUCUUGCAGGUCACCCCACUUUAUGAAAGUGCAUCACUGCACCUCUGUUAGAUUGAUGCCUGUCAGUGCAAGUAUUGCAUCAUUUCCUGUUAGUACAAAUUGGUAAAGCACAUUGAUUUGUUUUGUAGUAACUGCUGAAACAAUAUACUAUUACAGUUUGUAUAUAGCACAUACUGUACUUUUUGUCAAAAGUGUUUGUAGUAUGCAUUUGGGACAGCACAGGUUUAAAAAUAUUGGUGAGCUUGAAGGAGAUUCUGAUAUUUGGGAGCACUAUUGUUCACUAUAACAAAAUCUCUGAACUGCGUUGAUUGUUCUGCUGUGAAGCACACACACUCUUACUGUUACAGAGCAUAACCAUUUCCAAUAAGAACACGGGUUACUCUAUAUUUGUAUAUUAAAAAAACUAUAUAUGUAUGCCUAUAUAUACACAUAUAAAUGUAUCAAUCUGACCUGGAGGGGAUCUGUGUCUUUGAUGUGUCACAUGAAAUGUAACAAAAAGACCUCCUGUCAACAUUUUACAACCAAAUAAUAGUGUUUGUGUGUGUGUGUGUUGUUUUCUUCAUUUAUAUCCUGAUAGAUAGAUAGAUAGAUAGAUAGUUUCUAAAGCCUGUUAAACAAUACUAUGUUCUACUGAAGAAACCAAAUGUUACCCGUACUCAUGUCAGUAACUGUUAUCAUUUUACAUCUCCUAAUCCUUUAAUGUAUUUUUUAAAAAUUCUUGCCAAAGCCCCUCUUUUCCUGCCCCUAUCUGUUACGUCUCAAGCCAUCAUGAUGGAUGACAGUGUAAAGAAAUCAUAAACUGGUCUUUAUAUCUCAUCAUGGUCGACCUCUUGUCCACACUGCAAGCAUAAACUAACCUGGAAAGAAACGUCAUAGUCUAAUGAAAUUAAUUAACGGAGGGGAACGAUUAUGUUGCAUUUCAAUGUGGAGAAAGAUAUUUAUUUUAGUUUUAGAAUUUUUCUGAAAUUUCCAUUUUUGGGGGGGGGGGGGUGUUAGUGUUUUGUCUUUAAUAUUUUGCUUUAGGUUGUUAAAUAGCAUGUUUUUUUUAUUUUGUUGCCUUUUGAUUUUAGCUAAUUUUCUUUUUCUCCUUUGAGUCUGUAAUUCUGUUUAAUACCUUUUGAUGAAAAGACACCACGACAAAAGCAGAUCAAACCCAUUGUCUCCUGUUUUCAGACAAACAUGGAUGGAAUCGACCCAGCUGGUUGAAGUAAUGUUUUGAUACACUGUACUGUUAACAGUCACAGAUAUGCGUUUUCUAACAUUUUAACAUGUAUGAUUACCAAUACUUUGUACAUCUUUUAUUGCAAUAAAUAAAUCUGAUGAAA